CAAAAUUGUGAAACGGUGAAAUCACGUACCAAAUUUAAAACAGUCCCCGUAUCCAACGACGGCGUAUCCAAACAAUCUUUAGUUGUUUUUCUCCUUCACGGUGAAACGCUAUAAUCAAGUUUCACAUGAUCUCUGAAAUCUAAAUUCUUCAAUUUUCUUGUAAGAAAUGUGGACCAAGUGUUUUUUAUUUUUAUUUUUGAGUUCAUGUUAAUAAAAAUCUAUAUGUGCCACUUUCAAAAUGGUUGUGACGAGUGAUCAAGAAAUGGAUUCACUUCUCUCUAGUUUUGAUCAAAUUUAUGAGGAUUUCAAGAGUGGAAUCACAGAAAUCCAAUGUUUGAGAUCAAAUUGGAAUGCGGAAAUCAAGAAAAGAGAGGCUCUUGAACUCACUUGCCAAAGUCUGAAACAAGAAAAUGAGAGACUGGUGAAGCUGUACACAGAAUCCUUUACUAACAUGGCUGGAGAGCUUGAUUGUCGUGUCAAAUAUCAAAGCUUGAAGGAAGAAGUGAAACGACUGAAUGAUGAGAAUCUCAGAAAAGAACAAGAACACAGUAAGACCGUGGAAUUGCUUAAGCAAGAAUAUGAAACCAAGGUUGGAGGAUUAGAGGACCAACUCAGAGGCUUGCUAGUUGACAAGGCAACAAGUGAAUCAACCAUAAUGAAACUCCGCCAAGAUUUAUCAGCACAUAAAACUUAUAUACAAACUCUAGCAAACACCUUGGAACGAGUCCGUUUUGAUGUGGAAUCAAAAUACCAUCUUGAGACUCAAGAUUUGAAGGAUUGUCUCCUGGUUGAAUAUGAAGAGAAAAAUGAACUGAACAAGAAACUACAGGAUUUGCAAAAGGAAUUGAUGAUUAGCAGAACAAAGCUGGUUGAACAGAAGCAAGAUUUGUCAUCAAAUCGUUUUGUUGAAACACUCAAAGCAAAGAUUAUGAAACUGCGCAAAGAGAAUGAGAUUUUGAAAAGGAAGCUUUCUCAUUCCGUAGAGGGCUUAGAAUGAAGCAGCUGAAGGUAAUUGCUAUGAUGCCAGAUGUUUUGCUAUUGCAAUGUUCAUUGUAUGUACCAACUUCCGUUUAGGAACUAGGCUCAAGAGUUUCAAAGUGGAAUGUCAGAGAUAAAGUACACAAGAGUUUUAGCAGUUGUAUGUCUUUCAUGAUAGCAUGGAUUAUGCAAAUGAUCUUUGAAUGUGACUGGAAAGGCACCAUGAGAAAGAAAUUUCACUUUUCAUUGACCA